UGUUUAACUCCUAUUUGUAUUAAGGAAGCAUCUCGUAUUUUGCGAUCAUUGGAUGAAACUGUCGAUCCGUGCGAUGAUUUUUAUCAGUUUAGUUGCGGCCAAUGGCUAUCGCGGACACCGAUACCCGACCACAAAUCGGCCGUCAAUUCAUUUGCCAAUUUGCAGGAUAUUAUUAACUAUAGGAUCAAACAGAUGAUCGAUAAUAUUGAUACACUUAUUGAACAACGAGGCGAUCAACCGCUUCGACAGCUGUUAUAUCAAUUGAUUGACAGCAGACAGUGGCCACUAAUGUCUGUGAGCGGAGCACCGGUAGAUAAGAACAACAACAACAACAAUACUAAUAAUAAUUGGUUAGACUUGUAUUUAAAACUAAAAUCAAUGGGUUUGGCAAACAAUAUGCUAUUUUCGUUGACAUUGUCGACUGAUAUCAAAAAUAAUACGAAAAAAGUUUUAAUGUUAGAUCAGCCAACGUUUGGCACGAAUCGGGACUCAUUGUUAGCCACCGCCGGCUAUCCGGACACUGACCGUACAUUUACGGCUUACAGAGAUUUGCUGCGAAAAAGUGGCCAACAAUUAUGGUUGCCGUCAAAAAUGUCGGCAAACCAGACAAUUAUAUAUGAAAUUAAUGAAACGAUUGAUUCAAUUGUCAAUUUUGAAAGAUUGUUGGCUAAUAUAUCAAUGUCCAAUGAGUUUUAUAGACACGAAAAUCUAACAGUUAUUAUCUAUGAGGACAUGGAUGUCGACACCAACACCAACAACAACAACAAUGAUCUAAAUAAUGAUCAAUCGCUUGAUAGUUCACUAUUCAGAGAGGAAAGGGAUUAUCUAAAACUAUUAAUUAAUUAUAUCCUUUGGAGAGUCAUACUAACCAAACAUAUGUCGCUGGAUAGCCACUGGAGACAUAUGAGACAGGAGUAUGACGACUACCGAUUGUCGGGUAGUAGCCGACGGUCGGCACCGGCGGCGGCGGCCAGACCUCGAUGGCAACAAUGUGUUAAAACUGUUGAAAAUAGCUUACAUUUUGCAUUAUCUCAUCUGUAUAUCAAACAGUAUGCAAACAAUGAUGAUAUCAGAGAACAGGCAACAAAACUAAUUGAAACAGUUAGAUCGAAGUUUAGAUAUACAUUAUUAAAUAAUAUGUCCUGGAUAGAUAAUAAAACAAUGAUCAGGGCAUUGGAUAAAUUGGAUAAAAUGCGUAUAUUAGUUGGCUAUCCUAUGGAUAUAUUGGAUGAUCAGAAAAUUAAUCAACUAUAUAAAAAUAUAAACAUAAACCCGGAUGACUUUUUUGGCAAUAUAUUAGCAAUUAAUUACUGGAAACUUAAUCAAUCGUUUAAUAGUUCGCUAAGAAAAUUCAAUGAUAUUCAUAGUUGGCAACGGUUGGGAUCGUUGACUUUAGCCAACGCUUUCUAUAAUACGGUCAAAAAUAUGGUGACAAUACCCGUCGGUAUACUGCAGGGCGUCUUCUACGAUAAGGACAGACCUAACUAUCUAAACUACGGUGCACUGGCCAAAACGGCUGGCCACGAAAUUAUACACGGCUUCGACAGUCAUGGCCGACAUUUCGACGGUAACGGUAAUGUCAACUACUGGUGGUUGGCGGCGACCGAUCGCCGAUAUCGCCAGAAAGCCCAGUGUUUUAUCCGGCAAUACGGCGACUAUUAUGUUGGCGGCGAUAUCCAGUUGUCGGUCAACGGCCAGCGGACACAAGCGGAAAAUAUUGCCGAUAAUGGUGGGAUAAAGUUGGCAUUCAGGGCCUAUAGACAGUGGUUGAUGAGGACAGGUAGCCGACAACAACAGGAACCGCUACUACCGGCCCUCAACUAUACCGGGGAACAGCUAUUUUGGAUUAGCUAUGGUGUACACUAUUGUUCAAAACAUAAUAGGGAUAGUCUGAGAAAUUUACUAUUGAAAGAUUCGCAUACACCUAAAAAAUAUCGUAUUAACGGUGCACUUUCAAAUUCACCGGAGUUUUCGGAAACAUUCAACUGUCCCCAGGGAUCGCCUAUGAAUCCAAUAAACAAGUGCUCGCUUUGGUAG